AGGCUGAUCGAAGGAUCAGCUCGUUCCUCGAGCAGAAGGUGAGUGGAGUUUCUCCGUCCACUUGUUCUGCCAACCGCCAUAAAACAGAAGAAGAAGGAGAGUGGACUGGAUCCAUGGCGGAACCGUCAGCAGCAGAACAGGCGGGUCCUGGUUCCGUCCAGGUGCAGAACUCCUGUGAGGUCUGCUCAGGUGAGCUGAGCCCGGAUCAGCCUUGUCCUCACUCGGUCUGUGUCUCCUGCCUCGGAGACAAAGGGUGUCCAAAGUGUCCUCAGAGUCCUGUCAAAACGGAUCCUGCAGACGGACCUCAGCAGAACGGAACCGCUGAGGACCCAAACCCAGCAGAGCUCAAAAUCCAGGAAGACGUAAAGGAGACCGAGGACCAGAAGGAGUCGGAACCGACAGAGGAGGAGAAGCAGGAACCUCCUCUGGGUCCGGAGGACGUGGUGUGUGACUCCUGCAUCGAGAGCCCCUGCAGGGCCCUGAAGUCCUGCCUCACCUGCCUGGUCUCGUACUGCCAGACCCACCUGCGGCCCCACCUGGAGAACCCGAAGUUCCAGAACCACCGGCUGGUGGAGCCGCUCCGGGACAUCGAGAGGCGGACCUGCGAGGGCCACAAGUGGCCCCUGGAGGAGUUCUGCUGCUCGGACCUCCGCUGCGUGUGUCGGGACUGCGUGACCGCCGAACACCCGGACCACGAGACCGUCCCGGUCCGGGAGGCCCGGACACGGAUCGAGAAGGAGCUGAAGGAGAAGCAGACGGAGGUGCUGAAGACGGUGACGGCUGCAGAGAACGCCAUCAACAAACUCCAAGACAACACUGUUUCCAUUGAGCAUUCAGUGUUGGAGGUCCGAGCCGUGGUCGAGACUCAGUUCCAGGAGCUGCAGGCGGUUCUGGAGAGAGCCAAGAAGGAGGUGACUGAGGUCCUGGAGGGCGAGGAGCAGCAGGCGCUGAAGCAGGCCCAGGGCAUACGGGUCCACCUGGAGCAGAGGUGCUCGGAGCUGAAGAAGACCCAGGCCCAGAUGGAGAAGGUGUUCAGGAAUAAAAACGACGUGGACUUCCUGCAGGAGUACGCCGAGUGGAAGAAAGAGGCCACCGACAUCUCCCUCCCUGGCAUCUACAUCGGCCUGAUGGACCGUCUGAACUCCUUCAGCCGGGCCGUCGUAGAAUCCACGCAGGAGCUCUGUGAAACGCUCGUGUCCUCGUACAUCGAGAAAGUCAAGGCGACGUGCAGAAACGACAGAACUGGAAUAAAGAUAACGGUGGACACGACGAGUGAAGACGAGCCCAACAAGCCUUUACCGGAUCCCAAGACACGCGAUGACUUCCUGAAAUACGCCGCCCACGUGAGUUUCGAUGCCGACACGGCUCACAAGUUCCUGCGCCUGACGGAGGACAACAGGAAGGUGACCAACACCACCCCGUGGCAGCACCCGUACCCCGACGUACCCGAGCGCUUCGAGAACUGCCGCCAGGUUCUGGCUGCAGAGAGCUUCUACCUGAACCGGCACUACUUCGAGGCGGACGUCAGCGGCGAGGGCGCGCACGUCGGCCUGACGUACAAGAGCAUCGACCGCAAAGGCAGCGAGAGCAACAGCUGCAUCACGGGGAACAACUUCUCCUGGUGCCUCCAGUGGAACGGACGCACCUUCUCGGCCUGGCACAGCGGCGUGGAGACCCCGCUGAACGUGGAGAGGUUCACUCGGAUCGGGGUUUUUGUGGACUACACCCGAGGCCUCAUCGCUUUCUACGGCGUGGAUGAAACCAUGAUGCUCAUCCACAAAUACGAGGCGGAGUUCCUGGAGCCGUUGUAUCCGGCUGUCUGGUUGCCAAAGAAGGAGAACGUUGUCGUCUUGGUGGCUCCUGGGGAGACGUUACCUCUGAAAAGCCCCUCCCCUCCCACCUCACCUGCAAACGGAGCUGUUGUUGUACCGACUUAAGCUCGGAGGUUACAAACUGCUGACGGGAGAAAAGUGCACGCUCUUUACACGUUCAACUUGUUUACAGCUGAUUGUUUUUGAUGCAAAGUGAAGUUUUCAUCUCUUUUGU